AUGGCACCAGACACUACAUCUACAGUAGAAAUUGAAUCAGACACUAUUUAUUUCACUAGCAAUUCUGCAUACUCAAUUACGCCAGUCGUUUCAACUGUUACGCCCUCUAAACCUACUGAAAAACCAACAUCGCGGGAAGGUGGAACGGAACCGCAAGGUAGAAGUUUAAGUGAACGACUUGAUGUCCCAGCUUCAGUACUCCUGUCUUCCCAAAAAUCAGGUUUAGAGUCAGAGUAUGCGAUAGACGAGGCAGCCGCAAAAUCGAAAAUGGUUAAUACAGUCAUGGCGGAACUUCUGUCUGAUGAGUCGAUUUCGAGUAAAAACCCUAGUCAAGCAGCUGAAAAAGUUAUUCCUGAUGUCCGCACUUCAAAAUCUCCAGCUGUCAAAGAAGCUAGAGAAUCAUCUCCUAAUCAGAAUCCAGAGAAAACUUCUUCACGAACUCCGCAAACAGCAACUCGUAGUAAAUCGAUGAAGUCAGCUGCAACGAGGAAAGCCGAACCUGAUAAUUCCCCUGCUGCUCCCGCUAAGGACCCGGCCAAGAAAUCGUCUGUGGGCCAAGGUGCAAAGAAAGCCUCCCGACAGUCUUCCAAAUUAAAUGAAAAACCAGAUUCCUUGCCGUCCCGUGCCGCGUCUGAGCAAACCAGAACAACUACGUCAUUUUCAGCGGAUGCAGCACGAAGAGCUUCAUUCGCAAAAACACCUAUAGUUUUUGACCCUAGCCAACAAAUUUUUGGCGUAGCUGAUCCCACGAUGAUUGCAACAGAUGAUGACGGUAAUGUUCAAGGGCCUUCCAUGAUGAGGGAGGAAAGCACGAAUACUCGGACGAACCGCCGCUUCAUACGCGUGCGUUAUGACGAAGGUAGAAGUGGAGACCAGAGUGCGUAUGACAGAGAAGAUGAAGGAGGACUGGAUGAAAGGCUUAGAAGAGUGACAUUGGAUAGCGACGAGCCGGACAAGAGUGCAGCCGAGAGUAUUGGUGAUGAUGACGAUGAUGAAGAUGAUUCCACUUCCACCCCUAAGCCGAAAGUGUACCGUCGAAGUUCUGGAGACUGAGUUACUCGAUUACCUGUCCAGAUUAUUCAACCACCUGCACCGAGAAAGAACUACCUACAAUAU